AUGCCUGUUGCUGGGUGUGGCGCCAUACCUCGGUCAAGUGGUAGGGGUGUUCGUGGCCGUGUCCUUAGUCGUGGUGCUGAUUCUGGGCAUGCAACUGCUGCUAUACAUGUGUCUGCCCCUGGUCAUUCUGCUGGUCCUGGGUACGCCGCCGCUCCUAGGCAUGUGUUGGUCCCUGGUAUUGCUAUACGUUACGUGCCUUGCCAGCCUGUUGGGGGUCCUCCUCAAAGCCGUACAAGUGAUGGUUGGUUUCCUUUUUUGAGCUCGGCCAUGGAUGUGGUAAAUCGCAGAAAAUGGAAAAUGUGCAUUGAGUUUCGGCGCGCUAGAUACAACAAAUAUGUCGUUGAUGGGCCUUUGCCGAAGGAUUGGUAUGGUACUUCAGGCUACCAAACUCACGUGGUGAUUGGGUUAGACUGCAACAGACGGGAAAAACGGAAAGUGUCAAUUAAAUUGCGGUAUCCUGGAUGCGAAGAGAUUGUUGUUCAAGGGCCUUUGCCAAAGGAUUGGCAAGGUUUCUCAGUGAAGUUUGUUGAGUCCCUUAAAGCUUGCUAUGCAGAUAGGUCGUACUACGACCCUUCGGAUUUCUUGUCCCAAUACUGUGGUGCCUUCUUUUGGUUUGCUGAGUGUUCAAAGUCUAGGUCAUCCUGGACACAACGUAAGAUGGUUUAUAAUCAUUGUUGUAAAGGCGCUAAGUGUUGUAUACCGUUGAGUUCCAGAAGCGGGGACUGCCUCACACGCAUAUACUUGUCUGGCGGAGAGGGGGUAACGAUGGCGAUGACUGAUCUGCAGGCUCUUGUUGUGGGGAACAAGAACCUGACCAUCUGUGUGUAUGUUUCGCGUUUGUAG